AUGUCGUUUCGGUCGUUUCCCGCCAAUCCUUUACAGCACAACCCCGUUAGAGCGCGACGAAGUUUUUGUAUGGCGGUGUAAAGAGUGUUUUUCUCGCAGUAUUUCUUCUGAUUUUUCGUCUGGCUGGAUUACAUCGUGAAAAAAUGGGGCAGUCGGAUGAUAUUGAGGAUUCGAUGUACGGCCGGCACCAAGAUCUUUGCCAAAAGCUGAAUAUGGACGCGGCCGCCGCGUCCGAGGCUUGGAAAUCCUACGAGACUAUUCGGCAGAAUUAUACUCUCGAGGGUGAUCAGUUGCAUUGGAUAGGGUGUGCAGUAUAUGUCGCUUGUAGAAAAUUCUCUAUACCCACUGUAGGAAGACCAGGUACUAAUGUGGAAGGCAAUUGUGUGUCAUUGACUAGGCUCCUGCAACUGUGUAAUCUUCCAUUGAUACAAUUCUUUACAAAGAGUAAAUCAUGGGCAGAUAUGGCAAAUAUGCCUCAGGAUUUCCGAGCCAGGAUAGAAAAGCUAGAGGCUAAUUUCUCGGUAUCUAUGGUUAUCUUUAAAAAAUAUCAGCCAAUAUUUGCGGAUAUCUUUAAAGAUCCACGAGAAGAUACCUCGAAACCACAUAGAUCCAGAAGGCAUAAAGCAGUGCCCUGUACACCCACCAGGGUCUUUGAAUUUUGCUGGACGCUGUUUAUAUGCAUAAAAGGUGCAAUUCAUGAUAUCUCGGACGAUCUUGUUAACUCUUAUCAUCUCUUACUAGUCUGCUGCGAUCUUAUAUAUAGUAAUGCUCUGUUAUCUAACAGAAAAGAUUUGUUGAAUCCUAAUUUUCCCGGCUUACCAACAAAUUUUGACGAUGAUAAUUAUACUCCGCCACAAGCAGCAAAUUGCAUUGUUAACUUGUUGUGUGAGCGUCAUGAUGCAAUAGCUGUUGAAGCUAAAGCUAUAAAAGAAUACUGCAUGAAAAAUUACAUUAACAAACUAUUUAAUGAGAAAAUCUUACGUGGUGAUCAGUCAAAUUUCUCUGGUAUGCUAGAGUCAUUGAAUUUUGAUGGUAACAACAAGGCCAUUAACAAGUCUUAUGAACAGCGUAUGCUAAGUGUUGGAGACUUUGAUGAAAGAAUUUUCUUAGGCCACAACGCUAAUGAAAAUAUUGGUUCCCCUACACAAAUGAUGAACAUUGAUGAUUUUCAUGAAAGAUUGCAAAUGCAAAGAGAACAGCAUGCUGGGCAGAUACAAUAUCUGGCACCUCCUACCCCAUUAACUGGACGUAAAUAUCUUCGAUCGAAGGAUAUGUCUAAUAUAACACCAGUGACUACAGCCACUCAAAGCGUCAUUAAAUUACAAGCUUUGAUAGCUGGACAAUCUGCUCCCAGUGAAAGUCUAUUACAAAUAUUGAACAAUUGUUCUCAAGAUGUUAAGUCCUCACUCGAGGCAAAAGUUAAACAAAUUGGUGAGCAAUUUUGCGCAAACUAUAAUAAUAAUGCAAAUAUCACCAAUGUAAAUGAUGGUUCAACAUCCGACUUUGGAAAAAAGCGUCUUCUCAUGGGACAAACUCUGUUUUACAAGCUUUUAGAAAUGAUUCUAAAUGACGAGAAACGUAAAAAGCCGAAUGACGAUAUAACUAAUCUCCUUUUGAAUGCAGUUUUUAUCCAAUGCCUGUUUGCUUGCUGUCUGGAAAUAGUUAUAUAUUCAUAUAAAAGUAACGACAAGGUAUUCCCUUGGAUACUGAAGGCUCUGAAUCUGGAUGCUUACUAUUUCUAUAAGGUUAUAGAAAUUAUAGUAAGAGCUGAGGAUCAGUUGUCACGGGAUGUUGUUAAGCACUUGAAUCAUAUCGAGGAGAAGAUUUUAGAGUCUCUGGCGUGGCAAAGUGACAGUCCUUUGUGGCAAACUAUCGAGUCUUUGCUGGAUGGUGUGCCAAGCUGCGAAGAAGUUUCUUUGCCUGGUACAUUGGAAACUGCUGAUCCAAAUGCGCCUGGACAACCUGUGUUAAGACGAAUUGCUUUAGAUCGAGAACGUACUCAACAUGAUGUUCAACAAAGUCCGAUUUCAUCCGCUUCGGAAAGAUUUCAGUCUCCUGUCCCAGCAUCUGGUGUAGCAAAGAAGCGAUUAUUUUCCGAAACUAGGGUCACCGGUCAAAGUGUCCUUCGUGUCGGACAGAGUGUGUUAUCUACUAACAGAAUGUUAGUGGACAAUGGUCAUAGGAUACUUCUGCUUCCUGAACAAAUUGUCGUUUCUAAACCAUCUAGCACGCAAGCGUUAAAUAAUUCCACACAAGCGACGAACAAAGACGCGGCUAAACCGAAGAGAACAGGCUCUGUCGCGCUGUUCUUUCGAAAGUUCUACAAUCUUGCGUGCGUACGCAUGCAGGAUUUGUGCAAUUCAUUGGAAAUAUCGGACAACGAUAAGAAAAAGAUCUGGACGAUUUUCGAAUACUCCGUCAAGGAACGUACCAAAUUGAUGAAGGAUCGACAUCUUGAUCAGAUCUUAAUGUGUGCAAUUUAUGUAAUAUGUAAAUUGGUCAGGAUAGAAAGAAACUCAUUCACUGAAAUCAUGCGGUGUUAUCGUCUACAGCCACAGGCUGAAUCGCAUAUAUAUAGAUCGGUGCUUAUCGAAAAAGUUUCUAAUGACGGAGAUUCGAAGACGAGUAGUAACGAAAGAUCGGAAGACAAUAGUAUGUCAGUAACAGAAAAUGUAACUCCACCGACACCAACAAAUAUGGCCGGGACGUCACAAAACUUCGAUGGGGAGAUACGCGGCGAUCUAAUCAAGUUCUAUAACACGAUGUAUGUCCCGCAAGUCAAGGAAUUUGCAAAUAAAUUUGGAUCGGCUCGCGGUAGCGUCAUGAAUCUCUCGCUGAGUCCUUUACCGAAAGGAAAAGCACCUGCUAAUUCUCCAGUAAGACGUGUUACUGGUAGUAUUAUGACACGCACUCUAGAUCCGAAGGCUAUAAGUGCGUCACCGGCGCCGCAAUUAAGUUAUUGCUUCAGUCGUAGUCCUGCCAAGGAUUUAGAAGCUAUCAAUAAGAUGAUGAUAUGCGUAGACGCAAAAAAGAAGAGUGUAGGAAAACGAUUACUUUCUGAUGAUACGGAUGUAGAAAUGACAGAAAGUACAUCUCCUCCUAAAAAAACUACAACUUUUGUUGCACGGAAAUUAGAAAAUAUCAUUGGAGAACGACGAACGCAAAAUCAAUAAGCGGAAUGUGGCAGAGUGACAACAUUAAAGUUUAUGAGGAUGAGAAGUGUGUUCAAUCUGCUUUUUAUUUGUAUAUGAAUUGAUUUGCAAAAGUGAAGAAACCUAUAUGAAACAGAUGAAAGCCAAUCUCUUGGCUAUCUAGCAUAAAUAUGAGACGUUCGUUUCUCAGGUAUAGUCAUUCUAGCAAAUUGGAAG